ACAUAUUGACUGCUUUUUGUGUUGUUUUUUGGUUGCAUUUUAUUUACAAUAACGAUGUUACGGAGAGGGCAGGCGAUGCUGCCUUUCUUCUUAUUGGCCUGGGUCUUGAGGCUCACACAAGCUCUUGCUUCAGCUCAUGAUCGCCUGCAGGAUGAAGCAGCUGCAAAUUCCAUGUCAGGGACAGGAAACUUGGAUCGUGGAGGGAACUUGAGCUUAGCUACUGAUUUAGCCAUUCCUUAUGCUGAGGACCUUUUUUCUAAACAGGAUUACUUUUCACCAAAUGGAAAAGGUGAACUUUCUGAGAUUGCUGGUUAUUCUGCAGAUCAACAGAGGCAGUCUCUUGAUCAUGUGUUUUCUGAGUCUGAUGCUACAAACGAUGGGCUUCUUGAUUUCAGCCAGCAUUAUAGGUAUGAUGAGGAUGCUCUUGAACAGCCUGGCUUUUCCAAUCCAGAUAGUGAUGACUUCAAUUCUGAUUUGACCAAGAACUCUGUCCCUUUUGCUGCUGACAACUACCCUAUGGCUUCAGACUCUGAAGGCGAUGUGGAACAUGCACUCUUUACUGAUCGGAGUAAUGACCCUGAUGACUUCCCAGAAGUCUCAGCAUAUGCUGAUUUAGCUACUUCAGAUAAAGAAAAUGUGUCUAAUACUGCUACCCUUGAUCUCAAUGAUUUGGUUAAUCUUGCAGCAGAAAUGGGUAUAGGUGAACUUGGCAAAGAGUUAGAUUCUUCUGACCACAAGUCUGUUACCUAUUCUGAAACCCUAGGCUAUGAUUCUGCUGCCUUUGCAGAUCUUGAAAAGGAAGGCACUGAUACUUUGCAUCCUGGUGUGCAUUCCUAUCAUAGUAAGGACCAAGUUACUGGUGACCUUAAUGAAAUGCAUGUUUCUUCUUUUGACCGCUCUGUACUUACUGAUAUAAAUCUGGAGUUGGAUGAAGCUCUUUCUCCAGCUCUUAAGAUUGCCAGUGCACUCAACUCUCCUGAUCUCUCCGGAGGUCCCAGGGUGCCAAGCAGCAUCUAUGAUGCCUCUAUAGGGCCCUAUGGUACAUUUAAUCGACCUAUUACCCCACCAAACCCUCCUCCCCAUAGCACAGGAGAGCCAACCACCCUGGCUUCAGCAACUACAUGCAAUGUUGCAGACAUGGCCAUCAAAUUGUUUGGUGGAAGGCUAACAGACCUCAAAGUGCGAGCUGCCUUCAUAUUUGUUGAAGUAAGCAAGAUUACGCAGAGGUGCAGAUACAAAGUGUUUGAGAGAAAUGGAGUUGUUCACUUUACAACUGCCUUCAAAGGUUGCAAUGUGAAGAUCCAGGGUGGGCAAUAUGUCCUGACCCUGAUGUGGAGAAACCACUAUGUGCAUAUGUCCUGUCCAAUUUCUACAUCUGAUAAACCUGUUGCAAUCUGUGGUACGAGUAGCAUGACCAUCACACUCCCAGCAGGACCAGUAGAAGCACUUCGUGUAAAAAAUAAAUUAAACAAAUGGGUAUCCAUUCACCAAGUUGCUGUUAAAUGCAAAUAUCAACUGUUGCGUGAUUCAGAGGGAAGGAUCACUUUCACUACUUCCUACAAUGGAUGUCACGUGAGGAGAUCGGUGGAUCGUUACUUCUAUAACAUCUACUAUCAAAUGGCUCCAGGGAAGCUAGGACAGGCAGUCAUGUCUUGUAGGACCGGAAUUAAUGUCACAGUCCCACCUGAAGCGUCUUUGCCGUCUGUAUUUUGUGCCAAGUCUGGCAUGAUAAUCAAAUUGCCUAAGGGACGUCUUGAUGCAGUCAAAGUGAUAGAUGGUUUUGGCAAGGCAAUACCUGUCGGUAGUAUUGCCAAGAAAUGUAAUUAUCAACUCUUUCAAAUGAAGACUGGACACAUCAUCUUGAUUGCUUCCUUCCAAAGCUGUCAAGUUGCGUUUGUGGAUGGUUGCUUUGCCUUGAAUAUCAAGUUCCAGCAUGCUGAUCGUGUAAUGGGAGAGGUCUCUGCGCUUUGCCAUGCAGGUGGGGGGCCAAAACCAACUUCCCAACCUGAUACUCCUACAACUCGAGAUGUAACUUCCAGUAUACUGUCUACAGUAAUUCCUGCGGAUGUGUCUGCUACCAUCUGCAACAAGGAUGGCAUGACAGUAGUUCUACCCAAUGGUCCUUGGUGGGGGAUUAGAGUGAAAGAUCUUUCUGGCAAAGAGAUCACUGUGACUAGUGAUUUUGCAGAACGAUGCCAUUACAAUCUCUCUCUGCAUCUGGAGAAAAUAAUCUUUACAACUACCUACACUGGCUGUUUUGUUGAGCAAGUGGGAGAUCGGUAUGUCCUGACUGUCCUGUACAGAACAGCUACUUGGAAUCGAGGGUCUGUGCGGAUGGAAUGCCCAACCAGUGCUGGAAGCCCUACAGAAUUGCCUCCUCUUUCAGCCACUGUGGGGAAACCCAUUAGUGUCUGCAGGUCCUCUAACAUGACUGUGGUGCUGCCUGCAGGAUCUCUGGAAAAAGUCUUGGUUCUAGAUCACCUCAACAGGCCAGUAAAAGUCAUUGAUGCGCCCAAGUCAUGCAAUUACAGCAUGGUGGAGAGAAGAGGACAGAUCCUCUUCACAGCUCCCUACAGUGCCUGUGAUGUCAAGAUCCUGAAUGGAAACUAUGUCCUGGCCAUUAUGUAUACAAGUUAUUCUGGAGGCUUUGCGUCGGUGCAGAUGGAAUGCCCUACCACUGGAGAACCAACAAAACCCCCUCCCUCUACAAAACCCAUUCCUCCAACUCCUGUCUGUGGCGCUUCCAGCAUGAUCGUGGAGCUGCCUGAGGGGCCUCUGGAACAAGUCAAGAUAAUGAAUGCCUCCAAUGGGCUAUGGGUAGCUGUAAAGGAUGUCCCAAAGAACUGCAACUACACACUGAUGAAGGAAAGAGGAAGAAACCUCUUCAUAACCUCCUACAAGGCCUGUCAUGUCUGGAUACUGAAUAAAAACUAUGUCUUGACUGUAAUCUACACAACUGCAACUGGGGUAAGAGGGAUGGUGCAAAUGACUUGUCCAGCUGUAGAGACAACAUCCCUUACUACUAGGUCUACAACUAUUGGGAAGCCAGUGACUACUGGGAAACCUACAAAACCAACUCUCCCUCCCACUCCUGUCUGCAAAGCCUCCAGCAUGACUGUAGCACUGCCCUCUGGGUCACUACAAGUUUUGUUAUUGAAUCUGUCCAAUGAAUGGGUAGAUAUCGAUGCUGCUCCCAGUUACUGCAACUACAGUUUGGUGCAGGGAAGAGGCGGCAGGAACUUCUUUACAGCCCCUUACAGGGCUUGUGAUGUCCGGAUACAGAAUGGAAACUACAUGUUGACCUUGCUUUACAUAACUGCUGCUGAUAAACGAGGGUACUUGGACAUUAGAUGUCCCACCACUGGUGGGGAGCCAACAGAGACUACUAGCCCCUCUGGUGGGGAGCUGACCGGAACUACUGCUGGAGAAACGACAACUACUUGGAAACCUACAAUGCCUACUCUCCCUGACGCUGCUCUCUGCAGAGCCUCCAGCAUGACUGUAGAAUUGCCCUCUGAGUUGCUUCAAGUUCUACUAUUGAGUCCAUCCAAUGAAUGGGUAGAUAUCAGUAAUGCUCCCAGUUACUGCAACUACAGUUUGGUGCAGGGAGGAGGCGGCAGGAACUUCUUUACAACCCCCUACAGGGCUUGUGAUGUCCGGAUACAGGAUGGAAGCUACAUCUUAACCUUACUCUACAUAACCAUUGCUAAGGGAGGCUACGUGCACAUGAGAUGUCCAAUAAAAACCACUACUAAGCCAACCAAGACUUCUAGAACCACCACUAGGAAGACUACCAGUAUCGCCACUGUAGGGGUGACCGAGGCCCCUGCAACUGUGGUCUGCACCGCCUCCAGUAUGGUGGUGGAGCUGCCCAAGGAACCUCUAAGACUUGUGAAGGUUCUAGAUAAAUCCAACCGGUGGGUAGCUGUCAUUGAUGCUCCCAAGUACUGCAACUACACCUUGUUGCAGGGAAGGGGAGGGAACUUCUUCAUAACCCCCUACACGGCCUGUGAUGUCAGGAUAUUGAAUAACAACUAUGUUUUGAAGAUCUGGUAUUUGGCAACUGGUGGCAAAAAAGGGUAUAUGGUGAUGAAAUGCCCCACCGAUGCUGGAGAACCCACAAAAGCACCAACAACUACUUGGGAGCCAACCAAGAGUACCAGGACCACCAUCAGGAAGACUACCAUAACAACCAUUGGGGAGCCGACCAGGACCACCAGCAGGAAGACCACCAGCAGGAGGCCUACCAGGACCACCAGCAGGAGGACUACCACAACAACCAUUGGGGAGCCAACCAGGACCACCAGCAGGAGGCCUACCAGGACCACCAGCAGGAGGACUACCACAACAACCAUUGGGGAGCCAACCAGGACCACCAGCAGGAAGACCACCAGCAGGAGGCCUACCAGGACCACCAGCAGGAGGACUACCACAACAACCAUUGGGGAGCCAACCAGGACCACCAGCAGGAGGCCUACCAGGACCACCAGCAGGAGGACUACCACAACAACCAUUGGGGAGCCAACCAGGACCACCAGCAGGAAGACCACCAGCAGGAGGCCUACCAGGACCACCAGCAGGAAGACUACCACAACAACCAUUGGGGAGCCAACCAGGACCACCAGCAGGAAGACCACCAGCAGGAGGCCUACCAGGACCACCAGCAGGAGGACUACCACAACAACCAUUGGGGAGCCAACCAGGACCACCAGCAGGAGGCCUACCAGGACCACCAGCAGGAGGACUACCACAACAACCAUUGGGGAGCCAACCAGGACCACCAGCAGGAAGACCACCAGCAGGAGGCCUACCAGGACCACCAGCAGGAGGACUACCACAACAACCAUUGGGGAGCCAACCAGGACCACCAGCAGGAGGCCUACCAGGACCACCAGCAGGAGGACUACCACAACAACCAUUGGGGAGCCAACCAGGACCACCAGCAGGAAGACCACCAGCAGGAGGCCUACCAGGACCACCAGCAGGAGGACUACCACAACAACCAUUGGGGAGCCAACCAGGACCACCAGCAGGAGGCCUACCAGGACCACCAGCAGGAGGACUACCACAACAACCAUUGGGGAGCCAACCAGGACCACCAGCAGGAAGACCACCAGCAGGAGGCCUACCAGGACCACCAGCAGGAGGACUACCAUAACAACCAUUGGGGAGCCAACCAGGACCACCAGCAGGAAGACCACCAGCAGGAGGCCUACCAGGACCACCAGCAGGAGGACUACCACAACAACCAUUGGGGAGCCAACCAGGACCACCAGCAGGAGGCCUACCAGGACCACCAUCAGGAAGACUACCAUAACAACCAUUGGGGAGCCAACCAGGACCACCAGCAGGAGGCCUACCAGGACCACCAGCAGGAGGCCUACCAGGACCACCAGCAGGAGGCCUACCAGGACCACCAGCAGGAGGCCUACCAGGACCACCAGCAGGAGGACUACCACAACAACCAUUGGGGAGCCAACCAGGACCACCAGCAGGAAGACCACCAGCAGGAGGCCUACCAGGACCACCAGCAGGAGGACUACUACAACAACCAUUGGGGAGCCAACCAGGACCACCAGCAGGAAGACCACCAGCAGGAGGCCUACCAGGACCACCAGCAGGAGGACUACUACAACAACCAUUGGGGAGCCUACCAGGACCACCAGCAGGAGGCCUACCAGGACCACCAGCAGGAGGACUACUACAACAACCAUUGGGGAGCCAACCAGGACCACCAGCAGGAAGACCACCAGCAGGAGACCUACCAGGACCACCAGCAGGAGGACUACCACAACAACCAUUGGGGAGCCAACCAGGACCACCAGCAGGAGAACUACUACAACAACCAUUGGGGAGCCAACCAGGACCACCAGCAGGAAGACCACCAGCAGGAGGCCUACCAGGACCACCAGCAGGAGGACUACCACCACAACCAUUGGGGAGCCAACUAGGACCACCAGCAGGAGGACUACCACAACAACCAUUGGGGAGCCAACCAGGACCACCAGCAGGAGAACUACUACAACAACCAUUGGGGAGCCAACCAGGACCACCAGCAGGAGAACUACUACAACAACCAUUGGGGAGCCGACCAGGACCACCAUUGGGAAGACAACCAAGGCCCCUACAACUGUGGUCUGCACAGCUUCCAGUAUGGUGGUGGAGCUGCCCAAUGAACCUCUAAGACUGGUCAAGGUUCUAGAUAAAUCCAACCAGUGGGUAGCUGUCAUUGAUGCUCCCAAGUACUGCAACUACACCUUGUUGCAGGGAAGGGGAGGGAACUUCUUCAUAACCCCCUACACGGCCUGUGAUGUCAGGAUAUUGAAUAACAACUAUGUUUUGAAGAUAUGGUAUCUGACAACUGGUGGCAUAAAAGGGUAUGUGGUGAUGAAAUGCCCAACCAGUGCUGGAGAACCCACAAAAGCCCCAACAACUACUCCCACUACAUGGGCGCGAACCAAACCGACCAGGACCACUGGAAUUGCUACGAAGACAACUGUGACAACCACUGGUGGGGAGCCAACUGUAGUCUGCACAGCCUCUAGUAUGGUAGUGGAGCUGUCCAAGGAACCUCUGGUACUAGUAGAGCUUCUAGCUGAAUCCAGCAAGUGGGUAGCUGUCAUUGAUGCUCCUGAGGAUUGCAACUACACCUUGGUUCAGAGCCGAGAAAGGAACUUCUUCAAAACCCCCUACAUGGCGUGUGAUGUCAAGAUUCUGAAUGAGAACUACUUCUUGGCCUUGCGCUAUACAACAAUUGAUGGUAAAGUAGGGUAUGUGCAGAUGAAAUGUCCAACCAGUGCAGGAGAACCAACAAAAGAUCCUGCAACUACAAACACGACCAGGAAAUCAACAAGGACCCCCCCAGCACCAGAUGUGGUGUGCAACUCAUCCGGAAUGAUGGUGGAGCUGCCCAAGGACUCUUUAGACCUAGUGGAGCUUCUAGAUUAUGCCAACAAAUGGGUAGUUGUCAACAAGGCUCCCAUGUACUGCAACUACACCUUGCUGCAGGGAAGUGGAAGGACCCUUUUCAUAACCCCCUACAAAGCCUGUGAUGUCAGGAUACUGAAUGAGAACUACAUCUUGACCCUCCGCUAUACAACUUCUGGGCAACAAGUUUAUGUUCACAUGAAAUGCCCCACCAGUGCUGCAGCACCCACAAAAACACCUUCCUCUACAACCACUACUGGAAAACCACCAAUACCCACUGUCUGCAAAGCCUCAGUCAUGACAAUAGAGCUGCCUGAAGGACCAAUUGAACAAGUAGCCCUGAUAGAUAAAUCCAACACUCUGGUAACUGUCAAAGAUGAUACCAGAAAGUGUGGCUACAGCUUGGUGCAUGGGAGAGGAAAGAACCUCUUCACAACCCCUUACACAGCCUGUGAUGUGAAGAUGCUGAAUGGGAAUUAUGUCCUGACUCUAGCAUAUGUAACCCUUACUGGGGAAAGGGUACUGGUGCAGAUGAAAUGUCCAGUCAGUGCAGCUUUACCAACAGGGUUGCCGCUCCCUCCCUUUGGGGUUUCUGUCCUCUGCAGUGAUACUUGCAUGACAGUGGAACUUCCUGGGGGACUGCUACAAGAUAUCCAGUUAGUGGAUGAAUCCAACAACUUGGUAGCUGUUACCAGUGCUCCCAAGACUUGUGGCCUCAGUUUGGUGAGGGGGAACGGCAAGAACAUCUUGACCGCUCCUUACAAGGCCUGCAAUGUCAAGAUACUGAACAACUUCUACAUCCUGAGAGUCAUUUACACCACUCUUACUGGGGAGCGAGGAGAUAUACAGGCCAAGUGUCCUGUUCCUGGUCUAGUACCACGUGAGGGGUGCAAGAUACCAAGAAGUCAGCAGGUUGCUUGUGGUCCACCUAAUGCUGAUCCACAACUGUGUGUGGCCAAUGGAUGUUGUGUGGAUGCAACAACUUCCCAGUGUUACUAUCCUUUGAAUGCAUGCACUGCAGAUGGCCAUUUUGUAUUCUCCGUAGACCGCACCUCAACUAAGCCAGAAAUCGAUCCUGGCAGUCUAGUAAUUGCAGGAAACCGAUCAUGUGCCCCAGUAAUCUGCACUCCAGACUUUGCCAUCUUCAAAUUUCCUGUGACUGGCUGUGGGACACAUGUCUUUACGGUGGCGGAGACUACAAUUUAUCUUGCUGAAGUUCAUGGCUUGGUUCGGGGGAACCAGCAGAUGUAUGGACAAAUUACCAGAGAUGGCCCUUAUCGUUUCCAGGUGGAAUGUCGCUAUUCUAAAGGGCAUUUGGCCAGCACUGGUUACUUGGUGGUGAACCCACCGCCUCCAUCAGCAGCCUUGGCUUUUGGCUCACUUGGGGUUAGGUUAAGGAUUGCCACAGACACCAGCUACACUAGCUUCUACCCUCGGUCCCAUCUGCCCCUGAGCUUCUUGCUUGGAAGCAAGGUGUAUCUGGAAGUGCAGCUUGUAAACCCUCCUAACCCCAAUGUAGUUCUGCUGGUCCACUACUGCAUCGCCUAUCCCCAGUCCUCUCAAGCUGCCUGGGUGAUCCUCUAUGAAGGUUGUCCCAACAUCCUGGAUUACAGCAGUGCUGCUGGCCUCCAUGUGAAAUACAAUAACAUGCCUGUAUCCAAGCACACUCGACGCUUUGAAAUACAAAGCUUCCAGUUCCUGGACUACAAGACCAAGCAGCAUUUGGAUGAGGAAAUCUAUUUUAUGUGUUCAACUGAAGUGUGUUCCCCAGAACACAGUGUUUGUAAUGAAGGAUGCUUUGAUGGGAGAGAUAUGCCUGUUCCAGUGGAUCUUGGUGUGGGAGGGCUCUGUGCAGGAAAGCCCUGUCCUGGGAAAUCCAACGUAGUCAAGCGAGCUGCUCAUGGUCAUACUGGCCUCAUUGCUGUCGGUGAAGGAACCUUCCUUUUGGAUGAGCCUGUGCCCCAUGAACAAAUGGGGAAGCACUGGACACACUUCCAUGGUCUCCUGGGGCUGCUUGCUCUGCUGGUCUCGGUAUCUGUUGUAAUGCUCUUCCUCAAAUGGAUUGUCUUGCAAAUGGCCAGGUCCUAGAGAAGCAGUCUCUAACUUGAAUAAACCUUUAUCUUGUGUUGA